AUGGCACCGACUAGAUAUGGACAGGAAAACCGACCGACCCGAGGUCCAGCUGGAGACGGGCUUGCAUUGACAGCAAGAGAUUCCGACAGCGCAGUGCAGGGCCACGGCAGCAGCUCCUACGACGAUGGUUACUAUCACCCAUCUAGCUACCAUACUGGAGAGAAAGGCCAGAUGGCGGCAGAAGAUGGCUCCUACCCUUCCAAGAAGAAGGACAGCACCACACGGCAAGACUCGUCUCUAGCUACUGCUGACCAGGCUUCCCGGGGAAGGCAGCAGUAUCAGGGAUAUGAGAGUGGCUCUCAAAGUGGCUCACAGUACAGUGGUUCCGAGUACGACAGCUCGCUGGGGAACGGGUCUCAGAAGGCUGGCUCGCAGUACAGCGGCUCCCAGUAUGCCGGAUCCCAGAACACCAACACGCAAAACACCGGCUCGUAUAACGCGGGUUCCCAAAGCGGGUCCCACAGGGGAUUUCCCAGCGGAUCCCCGAGUGGCUCCUACAGCAGCGGUGCCUACCAACAGAGUUCAAACACACAGGAUACCGGCCAGCAACACAGCCAACAAGGGACGCCGAACAGUGGCUACUUGCAUGGACAGGGCGUUGCGGGGCAGCAGCAAGCGAAUUCUGACGCUGCCAACACAAAUGCUCAACAGCAAAGCUCCUCGUCCCAGCAGAAUGCACAGGAAGUGCACUCCAAGCCAAAGCAAUCGAGUCAGCAAAUCCAGGAAACCCCGUCAGACGCCGACAAUGAACAGUCGUCCUACAAGGACAACGACCACCAUGCCACUGAACCAAGCCAUGAGCAGGACAACAAGGAUGCGACUUUGUCGGACGCUCAUGCCUCUGGGGAGCACCAUGCGGACACGGCAGAAGAAGGCGAACGGCAUAACCUGGUCAAUAACCACGUUGCGCCCGUUGCAACCAUGCAGACUGCCCAACAACCCACACAUACUCUUCCCACGCUGACCACCGGGACCUUGGACCCAACAUCGAGCCUCACAACCUCGGUGGCCACGACGGACAGCACCCAUACCACUUCGCCUACCACCUCGUCCACAUCGUCGGCCACUUCCUCUCCGACACCGGAGGCAACGAAAGACUCUGACGACGGAUCAUAUCACAAGGCCACCGGGGCGCUUGCCGGUCUCCUUGGUGUCGCACUCGUCGCAGGCUUCGUGGUCUUCUGGCUCGCCAAGAGAAAGCGCCAGCAAAAGAGUGAAGCCAACCGAUCCAAAAUGGUUCGAGACGCUUUCCGCCAGUCUUUGGCCAAUACGAAGCAGCGUACUUCGCAGUUUUACACCAACUUCCUUGGUACUGCUGUCGGGACUGGUGCAAGCGCGCUGGGCGCGGUUCGCCGCUCCCUCGCGAUGGCCAAGUUCAACCGCCGCUCUCACGAGCAGCCGGAGAAGGCACCCAUGCCGCAGGAGGGACAUGUCAAUCACCCCUGCAAUGACGGUAUCCACGUUCGUGGCCACGAUCUAGAUUACAGCUCCGGCCACGACUCAGACCGGAAUGACUCGAUUGCGGCGGAGAAAGCGGACAUUAAUGAAUCGACCCCGACACUGGUCGUUUCGCCAAGCGAAAGCAUAGCACGAGACCAAACCCCAACCGUCCGGCGAGUGGUCUCUGGUCGGCCCCAGAUGGAAAGCUCCGAGUCUGUUGAACCGAAAUCUGGACUAUCCCACAAUAUGCAGGAGAGUGAGCCGGAGCACAAUGACAAAGCUCCCGAGCAAAGCCCUAGCCCUUCCCCUCCGGCCCCGGACAAUCCGGCACCGGAUCAUGGGGCACAGGAAAAUGGUCCACCCCCGCGCAAUGGUAAUGGCCAAAAUUUGUUGGCAAUCACCAGCAUGGUGCCGUCGUCGACCAGCGUGUAUCGGGUUGAGAUUGCGUUCCAACCUAAGAAGGUCGGACAGCUGGACCUCCGCGAAGGUCAACAUAUUAUCAUCCGCCAAUCCUUUGACGACGGAUGGGUUCUCUGUACUCCGGCAGAUGGCGGCCAAGAAGGACUCGCGCCUCGUGCCUGCCUGUCACCAUGGCCCAUUAAGAACGCCUCAUCCGCCAGCUCCUCUAAGCACAACCUGAGCGACGGGACACGGACACCAGAAUCCCCCACCGUGCCGGGGACACCGCGGUUCUACUCGCACUUCUUCUCUGCUAGGAGCGUUACUCAAUGA